AUGUACAUCGUGUACAAGGGGGAUGAUGCACGAGAGCACUUGAAGGAACUAACCAAGCAAACGAAAGACGAUUUCCCUGAACAGGAACGCAAAGUCGCCGCGGUAGCUGUAUACAAGCAUAUUUUGAAGUCUUUCGCAGACGUUUUCCCUAAGGAUGGGACUUUCUUCUAUGACAGGGCUGCUGUUCUCUUUUCAGCUCAGAGGGAACUUAAACUCGGAGGAGAGGAAAAAGUGAUGAUGUUGCCCGCAAGUCUGGUGUCAGCAGCUGGUAGCGGUGCUACCGGUAUUCGUGUCGUAAUCAAAAAAGUCACAGAUGGGUACCAGGUAUGUUUAGCUUCCUUACUCAGCCAGUGUGGUUUGGGUUCAGACAUUGGUGUAGCUCCAUGA